AAUAGGUGGAAGAAAGGAAGAACUCAGCAGGGGAAGAAAAAGAAGAAGUUUCACAAAGGAAAGCUGUGAACAUGAGGAGUUCUCCACAGACCUAUGAGGAGGCCUCAGGAAGGGACUCGAAACGGAGAUGUCGCCGAGGAAAAAUCUUGCUCCUCCUUGCUGUGCUGUUCAGUGCUGUGCUUGGACUCGUGCUCCUCAUUUUCUUCACCGCCUUCACCUGUGGCCCGGAAACCUGCAACACUGCGGAGUGUCUGGCGCUCGUGACAAAGUUGCUGGCAGCUCGUAAUGGUACCGUGGACCCUUGUGACGAUUUCUUCAGCUACACGUGCGGCAACUGGGAAGCCAACCACACGCAGGGGACAAACGUGCCGUUGGCGAACGUCUUUGACGUCCUUUUGGAAGAAAACCAGCUGAUCGUGAAGAGGCUCUUAGAGGAGCAACCGCUUGGGACCAACAGUUCAGUGAAGGAGAAAGCCAGACGUUUUUACAGCUCGUGCAUGAAUACAGAACGGAUUGAAGCGCAAGGUGCUCAGCCCUUGAAGGAGCUCAUAAAUGAGGUUGGCGGAUGGAGCAUCACAGGCUCCUGGAGAGAGAGAGACUUCAACCUGACUCUUCAGAGACUCAUGAAAAGAUACAACACAUUCCCCUUCUUUAAAGCCUACGUGGGACCCAGCUCCUCCGAUCCAAGCACCAACAUUAUCCAGAUUGACCAUCCAGAAUUUGAGCUGCCGCCGGAAAGUCACUUCAAGAAAACAGCGAAUUAUCCCGACGUUCUACGUGUGUAUCUCUCCUACCUGAUGAAGCUGGCCACCUUGAUGGGGGGGCAGAUGGGUGUGACUUCCAGCUACGUCUCCCUGGCACUGUCUUUCAUUUCCAACCUCCAGAAGGCAGUCACCCCACUCGAGGAGAGACAGGAGAGAAGAAUGCUAUUCUACCGCACCACCAUCGGAAAGCUGCAGGAGGAGGCUCCCGCGAUUGACUGGCUGGCAGGUCUCCAGGCCGCUUUCCAUCCAGUGCGGCUGAACGCGUCUCAGCCAAUUGCUGUGCAUGACAUGGAUUAUUUGAGAGGCAUGUCACAUCUGAUUGGAGAGUGGCCGAAGAGGGAUAGCCUACAGAUCUACAUGAUACUCUGCCUGGUCGGGAAUAUGUCCCCUGCCUUGGACAGACGGUUCCAAGAAGCUCGGCAGGAACUGGCAGAUAAACUAACUGGCAAGACGACGGAGCCGGAGAUGGUCAGAAAUGAGCGUUGGAGGAAAUGCCUGAGUGAGACCAGUACAUUCUUUGGUCCUGUACUUGGAGAGAUGAUUGUGCGAGAGAUUUUCCCCCAGAAGGCCAAGGAUCUCGCUGAGCAGAUGUUCUCUGAGAUCCGAGAUGCCAUCCACAGCCAACUGGAUCAAGUGGAGUGGAUGGACAGCCAGUCUCGCCAAGAGGCCAAGGAGAAAGUGUAUGGGGUCCGGGUGGAGAUUGGCUACCCGGAGAGCAUCCACCAAACAGAGGGAAUGGAUCACGAGUACCAAGAAGUGGAAAUUCUGGAAGACAGCUUUUUCCACAAUGUGGUUGUCUGCCUGACAUUUCUGAGGAAGAGGUUCUCGCAGAGACUUGUCACUCCCCGUCUGCAGGAUAAUUGGGAAGUGGUCCCAUGGUCCGCGCAUUCGUAUUACUCACUGAGACGCCAUGCCGUUGUCUUCCCUGCGGGAAUGUUCCGCCCCCCUUUCUUCCAUCCCGAAUUUCCCAGUGCUAUGAACUUUGGCGCAAUGGGAUUCUUCAUGGCACAUGAGCUGCUUCACUCCUUCUAUGAUUACGUGUGGCCUGAGACCUGUUCCAACUGUGACAUGCAAGCCCUGGCCCAAGGGACAGACUGCCUCGUGAAACAGUACGAGAGGUACUCCCUGAAAGGUCAGCACAUCAACGGCUCUUUCACCCUUCUGGAGAACGCAGCGGACACAGGGGGACUUGCCAUUGCUUACCAGGCCUAUAAGAACUGGUUGGCCAAGCACAGAUGGGUGAAGGACUUACCUUGGCCUGGGGUCUCACACCACCAGCUCUUCUUCAUCAGCUUUGCCCACGCGAUGUGCGGGCACCAGAGUCUCGAGAGACUGCAGAGCUUCUUACGCAGCGACCCCCACAGCCCCCCGCCCCUCCGUGUCCUGGGCUCUUUAAGCAACAGCCAGGAUUUCUCCAUGCACUUCCACUGCCCGAGCGCGUCACCCAUGAAUCCUGCCCUUAAGUGCCGCAUCUGGUAAAACAACCGGAAGAGCACGUGGGAUCAAGAGACGGAGAACGGACGGUGGGAUCCCAUCGCUUGGGUGACGUUAGCCCCGCCUGCAGCAGGGGACCUAUCCGGUCCCUUCCCCGGAAGAGUCGUCUUUUCUUUCUCGUCUGACAAGCCAAGGUGGGAGGACGCUCCCAUCCAGUCGCCCAGAGGGAACAGAAUACACAGAGGAGUCAGCACUGUAGAAAUGCUCUAUCACUUUUGUUUUUACCUCUUAACCUGCCUUAGGAAAGACUUCUUCUUGAGACCUGGAGACGAGUGGGUGACUCUUCAGCGACUCUCUGUUUAGUGGCUCUGUCCCGUCAAAGACAAAAGCGGAGGUUUCCCUGUCAAUUUAUCGGACUGCUCUAAGCAUCGCACCGAGGGCUGCCUCGUGAUAACCAGUUGAGAACAGUGUUCCUUCUAAGCUGAGUUAGUGUGAGCUAGCUCAGUUUUUUAGCC